AUGAAGCAACAAGACAUAGACAAGCUGAGGCCGGGGGCAAGCAAACUUCGGUUGUCAAAGGGCCACCUGAACCUGCGUGAGCUCAAUAGACUGAAGGUCGUCAAGAAAGCCUUCCUCGAGUCUGAACAGCAGCGAAAUGCGGCCUCGUCCCAGACGGCACGGUUGCAUAAGCAGGUUGAGCUUACGUUGUCGGCCGUAUAUGUCAAUUGUGGCCCUCUCAUGUUCAUUCUAUGCUGCGUGACUUUCAGGGCGUACUCGAUGAUAAAAUUUAUCACCGGCGGCCGGUUGUCUCAGGUGAUUGAUGGGCUAGAGGAGUGGAAGUCAACCAGCGAAUGGAAGUUGCUUUCGGCAGACUUUGGAGGGCAAGAGCUCAUCCGCAAUGUAUUCGGCCAAGAGUUGGCGGCAGCACUGCGCACACUCGACGAUACUCGUCAGAGAAACGCCGGCCUCUGGACCCCAGCACCAGAUUGCAGGCCAUUACGGCGGGCCAGAAGUCGACCCGUUCGCAUCCUUCCCGCCAAUGAGCCUCUCACGAACUAUGGUCCAAGAAAUGAGAUUGUCUGGGCCCCAUCAGUUUCGCCUAGCCAGCCCUGGGCUGGGCUGGCGAGCAACGGUGGUCUCAGAGGUGGUGCGACGUCUGCUCCCGCUGUCUACAAUUCAGACCCGAUGGAGGUGAUGCGGAUCUGCUGCACGUUCAACACUUUCGACCAUCGCCUGGAACUAUCGCCAGACAGCUGCUCACGAUUGAAAAUCACUAUGGUGGUCAACUGCUCUCCUGAGCAAGCCCGGUCUCUCACGCACAACAAGCUUCCCCUGCCGCCGUCGUUGCAGUGA